AUGGCCACUCCUCCAAGGCUUCCGUCACUAUCCCCAGAACGAAGUCAGAGCGCGAGUCGCGAGGAGGACGAGCUCGCGCUGAGGAACAUGCUUGCCCAGCGCAACCCUGGAGGCCUCGAAAGACUGCGCUCACGUGCGCUUUCAGAGAUAACCUUGGUCGAGCCUCCGCCGCUGUAUGAUAUCAAUCAGAUCGAUGGAGCCGGCGGCAGGCCAGAGAGGACCACUCGAACUGUUCGCUUUCAAGUCGACGAAGACAAUCAAGCUCGAGUGCAGAAAAGCCUGUGGAGGAGAGUCAUCCAACCCAUCUUACUUGCUAUUGCGACAAGGUUCAUCUUCCUCGUUUACUUCAGCUUAAACGCCACUCUGUUGAUCCGCAUUGCUGUCAUGGCGUCCCACAACAAACACAUGCAAUACAACGAGGCCUUGCUCUGGGCUUGGGUGCAAUUCGUGAUGCUGGGCUUCUUGCUGCUCCGAUCUCUGGGGCAAGGCUUCAUGUAUAGUCCGACGGGAACCCCACACGGCCUCAAGAUUCUUGUUGCCAUUGCUGGCAUCUCUUUACUGGGAGUGGGCCUUGGAGCUUUCCCACUUUUCCUCAUCUAG